AUGGAAGAUUGUUUUAAUAGAAGUUUUGCUGGAGUUCAUGGAACAAUAUAUGGUGGUGGUGUUUAUUUUUCAUCAAAUGCAUCUUUUUCUCAUCAAUAUACAAAGCCAAAUGCACUAGAAGAACGAUGUAUGUUUCUCUCUCGUGUUCUUAUUGGAAAAACAACAAUAGGAAAUAGUUCAAUGAAAACUCGACCACUUGGAUUCGAUUCAACAACAGAUGGAAAUCAUAUUUUUGUUACUUAUCAUGAUGCACAAGCAUAUGCUGAAUAUUUAAUUAUAUAUAAAUCUAAAUAA